AUGCGGCGUCUCGCCUGGGGCCUUUUCUCGCUGCUGCGGGGCGGUGGCGGUGGGGAGCGCGCCCACCCGCGCCGGGGGUUGGCGCGGAGCGGCGGUUGCGCUUGGGCGUUGCGGGGCGCCAAGGCGUCGUACUCGCACGAGUCUCAGCGGGGCGGCGCACAAAACCCUUACGUGCAGCAGCGGCGGAACACGUGGCGGCAACCAACGCCCCACGCCACGGGCCCGCUUGCUUCUUCAGGUGGCGCUGGAGUCGUUGAGUCAGCAAGCUCCCGGCCACGGCUUCAUGUCUUGGCGGCCAAGACGCGUAGCUCCCUGGAGGAGGCCGCGGAGGGGUUUUUGCAUUCUGAGCGUCGUCGCCUGUACGCCGUAUACCGCCCCUCCCCGUCCCGCGAUGCCUCGUUGGUGCCCUCCCCCUACGAUUAUUUUUGCGUCCUUCAGAGGCUGAGUGCCUGUGGUAUGGGGGUGCCUUCCAAGCAAGUGUACUCGUUGCUGGUGGAGUUGCUUAGGAAGCCGCUGCACCCCUCGCAGGCCGGCCUGGGGUGGGAUCUCCCGGAUGAGGCGGUAGUGGAUUUGCAGGCGCGAGCACUGGAGGCGGUGAUGUCCUGCCUCGAGGGCCGCGACGCCUUGGCGUUUGCGCAGAAGGGCCUCAUGCCACUCCUCUCGCCUACAGCCCUCGCGGGCGGCAGCCACUCUAGUGAGUUCGUGUUUAUUCAGGCAAUUCGUCGGCGGCUGCAGGGUGGCGGCGUCGCCUCCGCAGGGCUGGAGGCGAGCGGCGGAAGCAUCGAGAGUGAAUUGCUGGCGACGGCCCCUGUGGUGUCGGCUGCGGCGGCAGCUUUGAUUCGGUGUGACACAACUGCGGCAAAGCAACAGGCAAUUGAGCUCUUGCAGCUCGCGUCUAUUGCCCGGUUGCGCGGCCUGGAAGUAUUUGAUGAGAACGUUGCCGAGAGAUGUGCCGAGUCUGCCGCCCUCAUUGGCGACGCGGAGACGGUCGCGCGGAUCGUAUUUGUUUUGUACCGCUCUCGCGGUGUGCUGGGCGCGGCGGUGGGGCCGGCAGAGCGCGCCGGUGAAGCCGCAAACGGCGGUGAGAGUGACCGUGGCGGCAGCGCGGGAGGUCGUGGCUCGCUGCUGAGUCGUGUUGCUUUGGGUUGGGGCCGUCCGGCCUCCGCGGAGGAGCGCGGCGAAGGCGGCGGAGAUGUUGCGUUUCGCCGAGCGACCGUCCGUCUCCUGAAAAGCGUUCUUCACGCGGUGCUGCAUCGCCGGCACUCCGCCGUCGACGCUCGUGGCUGCCGUGUGCAAGAAGCUGUGCGGCUUUUUGACUCGCUGCGCCUGGCGUGCGCGUGGGACGGCGCGGCCGCAAUGGCGGUGGAGCUCCUCACGCACGUGGGUGCGGAGGCACGGAGGCGCCUCAGCCGCGAGCCGCAGGAUGGGGGACAUGGAGACGCUCUUUUGCCUUCACCGCGAGGCGCUGCGUGUAGUCGCCACACUGCGGGACGCACUGCCGCCUCAGCCCGCCGCGUACCAGCACUCGGCGUACGCAGCGUGCGCCGCCCUGGCAAUGAACUGCUACUUCGUUGCGGCGCCCAUCCGCACGGAGAGGGGGACGACAGUUCCAGUGCUGGCGCUGCCUUUGCUCGAUUCACGAGACAAGCAGCUGGACUACCUUUUCUCCGCCGUAGCCGCGACGUUGGACCUCUUUGA